CCUAACUUCAUCUGACCCUACGUAAUCAAAAUUAAUCAGAAUCAUGACAGUGGUGCGUUUGAUCUGUCACGCUUUCUAGACUUCGUUUUCUUUCUCCUUCCUCCUUCGACACUUGAUAUCAGAUCCGAUAAAGCUGUCUGCCUCUUAAAUGCAGAAAGUGCGGCGAAAUGUAGCUCGACAGACUGACGUCAGAAUCUUAAUUGCACGAUGAAAGAAGCGUGUAUCCUUCUUUCCUGGAUUGGAGGAGGAAAGAGAAAAGAAAUCGCGAUUGUACAAUCAUAGAAAGUACAGUUAGAGUAUCGUAGAUCCUUCAGAGAGUGAGAUGUAAAAUUGUACGUAAAGCUUGAUUUAAAAAAAAAAUUUUCCGGAGCUGUCAAAUCCACCUGUCAAAUCCACGUGACGUCAUAUCGAGCAUGUAUAUAGGAUAUUGAUCUCGAGAACUCGGGAUCAAGGGAGAUCCGUUCGUUGAUGACCAGGAAAGGAGUGCGAACGACAUGUCCUUUCUUCGUGGCUCCGCCAACUACGUCUGGUGCACCACCAGCGUCCUCGGCAAAGGUGCGACUGGCGCGGUUUUCCAGGGCGUCAACAAGAACAAUGGGGAACCGGUCGCAGUGAAGACCUUCAAUCAGCUUAGUCACAUGCGGCCGCACGACGUGCAGGUGAGGGAGUUCGAGGUUCUCAAGAAGGUGAAACAUGAGAACAUCGUCAAGCUGCUGGCAAUCGAGGAGGAGCAGGAUGGCAGGGGUAAGGUCAUCGUCAUGGAGCUCUGCACCGGGGGUAGUCUCUUUAAUAUCCUGGACGAUCCUGAGAACACGUAUGGCCUCGCGGAGAGCGAAUUCCUGCUGGUAUUAGAACACCUGUCAGCUGGCAUGAAGCAUCUACGUGACAAUAAUCUGGUUCACCGAGACCUGAAGCCAGGUAACAUAAUGAAGUUCAUCGCUGAUGAUGGUAGUACCAUAUACAAGCUCACCGAUUUCGGUGCCGCUCGAGAAUUGCAGGAAGAUCAGCAGUUCGUUUCUCUGUACGGCACCGAGGAGUACUUGCAUCCAGACAUGUACGAGCGUGCGGUCUUGCGGAAACCUGUGGGUAAAACUUUCGGCGCAACCGUAGACCUAUGGUCCAUAGGGGUGACCCUCUACCACGUCGCGACCGGAAACCUGCCGUUCAGGCCGUUCGGUGGACGUAGGAACAAGGAGACCAUGUUCUACAUCACGACGAAGAAGGCGUCCGGUGUGAUCUCUGGCUUACAAACUUCGGAAAACGGGCCAAUCGAGUGGAGCAGGGAAUUGCCGGCGACCUGUCAGCUGAGCGCUGGCCUGAAGAGGAUAGUGACUCCGUUGCUGGCCGGUUUGCUCGAAGUGGAUCAGCAGAGGAUCUGGAGCUUCGAUCGAUUUUUCAGCGAGGUCACGGACACGCUCUGCCGAAAACCCGUUCACAUAUUCAACGUUCACCGCGCCAGCCUGAUCAAGGUCUUUUUACACCCUGAGGAGAAACUGAUCGCUCUGCAGAUACACAUUCAGGAUCAGACCGAGAUCAUGCCUCACGCGCAAAUCCUUCUUCUCGGGGAGACGCCACUCACAAGCCUCGUCGAGGAGUCCACGCCGGGCAAGGGGUAUCCCAGCACCAGCAACGACAAGCCGUUGAUGCUUUUCUCGCUGGAGAACAACAACGUCGUGCUGCCGAUCGAGACCGAGCUGCCCAAGUUCCCCGUCUUUGCGAGUCUCGUCUCUGUGGAGAACGACGCGAGUCAGGCCAAGGUCGCGUGCUCCGUGGGCCACGUCUGUAAACGUAGGAUCGACAAAUUGGCGCUGUGCAGUAAACUGUCGCGAGAUGCCAUAGAAACGUUCACUGGACUCUUGUCCACCGAACUCACCCGGGUACUGGAAAAGUGUCACCAUUCUAAGGAGUUUACGAAAGCGGUGGAGGACACCAUAUUGGCGAUCGAGAGGAGUGAAUCCUUUGCCAGACACGUCUUUCGAAAAUUCGGAGGCGGAGGUCAAACUGCGGUGGAGGUAAAAAAUUGGAGGAAGGAGUUGGAUGCGAAGGACAAAGAGCUCACCACCGAAUUGACUCCAGCGAUAGUGCAGCUUCAUCAGAGAUACGUGAAGGAGGGCAGUUUACGCGGCGAAUGGGAUAACAGUACUCGUGGCUUGUGGUGUCCUUGGACGACGAAAGCGAGCCAGAGGGCAGCGACAUUAGUCGAUCGCUUGAGAGACGGCUGGCAGCACUUGCUGAGGGACAGGGCCACUCGUAGUCUCACUUACAACGACGAACAGUUUCAUGUUCUUGAACGCAUAAAGGUCACGGAAACGGGACGUCGAUUGAAAGCGCUUCUCGAGGUGGAAUGUGUACCGGCUAUGACGCAGCGAUCAGAGUGCGUCGCCGAUUGGUACAAAAUGGCACAGACGGUGUUCCUGCAAACUCAGAUACUAGACAAGGAUAUAGACGCUUACGAGCACGCGUUGGAAUCCUUCUCCUAUCGUUUGUCGCAGGAGAGCAAAGAACGCAACGAGAAUCUCUUGUUGUCGCUGGACAGGCUGCCCGGAAAAUUGAAGACAAUCGAGAAAACGAACGCCCCGGCGCAAGAGAGUACCAAGAAAUGGCGCAAUAUCUGUGAUACGCAAGAACAAAUUGCGAUGCUUCUUUAUGAAAAUGGCCUGCUCAUAGAUCAGCUUGACAAUUUGUCGGUGAUUGAUAGAGUGGAAGAUAUAGGCGAUUCGCAAUAUGAGCUUUAAUAUGUGUAAUUUUGUCAUUUCUCUAUCAAUCGUCCGACAAUAUAUUUAUGAGAUGAAGACUGAAAAUUAUAGAGUGUAUAGAUUAGAGUAUAUAUUGACAGAAUCUGAAAUGUAUGUAUAGAAAUGCUGUACAGAUUUGCUAAGAUAAAUAUAGACGAGAUUUGCAUUUUAUUAUUCC